AUGACGUACCCCUCAGCUGUCACUUUCCCGAUGUCCCUUCCUUUGAUAAUGACCAACAGUGCCAUCGGCUUGCCUCCCACUCGGAUAAAUCGUCGUCGAUCGACCAAGGCUCUCCAUGAUUUCUUCAGCCGCCCGUUCACUCAAAGUACACGAAUUCUGAACUGUGUUGAUAUUAUCAAGGCCCUAAUUAUGUUCUCUGACAUUCUCCAGAAGCUCACGGUGUAG